AUGAGCGAUAACGAACGCGGCACGGGUGGUGAUGAGGUAGGUUUGCCUCGAGCUACCGUUAAUAAAUUGAUUUCAGAGAUUCUGCCGGCGGAUGUGAUUUGCUCCAAGGAUACCAAGGAUUUGGUUGCAGAAUGCUGUAAAGAAUUUAUCACCCUAAUUUCUUCCGAAGCCAAUGAGAUUUGCGAAAAAGAUGCCAAAAAAACCAUUUCUCCUGAGCACAUCACAUCUGCACUCAGACAACUAGGAUUUGAUGAUUUUAUUGAGGAAGUCGAAGACAUUAAUCGGGUGCACAAAGCACAAGCCAAAAAAGAUAACCAGAAGAGAAAGAACAAACUUGACCAAUCUGCUUUCACACAAGAUGAGCUUGCUGCACAACAAGAAUUGUUAUUUGCGGCGAGCAAGGCUAGGUUCGAUGCCGGUCAAUCUUAA